AAAAAAACAAUAUGAUGUCUCAAAAUGCCAAACCUCAGAACAACAUAAAAAUGCCGAAUCUACCAAAUCCAUUUCGCCCAAGUAAAACGCUUUGAAAAAAAAAAGCUGAAGAAGAAAUUGGUGUAAAAAUUUUGUUUUUGUUUUUGUUUUUCUUUUGGUUUUGUUACUGCAUUUCUGAUUUCCCCUGUUUGAAAUUUUUGGUAGUUAGAGUCAUCAAAAAGGAAUGAAGAGAUAUAGGAAUGGGGAAAUCUGGGACUUCGAGCACGAGGUGGCGGUGGCGACGAACCGGCCGGUUAUUUUAGGAUUGGAUGGUGGAACCACUUCUACUGUCUGCAUUUGUAUGCCAAUUAUGCCUUUCUCCGACGCCCUUCCCGACCCUCUUCCCGUUCUCGCCCGUGCCGUCGCCGGCUGCUCCAAUCAUAACAGCGUUGGCGAAACUGCGGCCAGGGAAACAUUAGAGCAAGUUAUGGCAGAUGCACUUUCAAAAUCUGGUUCUAAUCGAUCUGCAGUUCGAGCUGUUUGUUUAGCAGUAUCUGGGGUUAACCAUCCUACAGACCAACAAAGAAUAUUAACCUGGCUUAGAGACAUAUUCCCCACCCAAGUAAAGCUCUAUGUGCGAAAUGAUGCUGUGGCAGCUUUAGCUAGUGGGACAAUGGGUAAGCUACAUGGUUGUGUACUAAUUGCUGGUACUGGAACCAUUGCCUAUGGAUUCACAGAAGAUGGCAGAGAAGCUCGAGCAGCUGGCGCUGGACCUGUCCUAGGUGAUUGGGGAAGUGGAUAUGGAAUAGCUGCGCUGGCACUAACUGCUGUAAUUAGAGCUCAUGACGGUCGUGGACCACAUACGAUGCUUACAUCUACCAUUCUGCAGACACUUGGUCUCUCUUCCGCUGAUGAACUAAUUGGGUGGACCUAUGCAGAUCCAUCCUGGGCUCGCAUCGCCGCACUUGUCCCAGUUGUUGUCUCUUGUGCAGAGGCUGGUGAUGAAGUUGCAAAUAAGAUUUUGAAAGAGGCAGUUCAAGAGUUAGCUUUAAGUGUGAAAGCUGUUGUUCAGAGACUUGGCCUGUGCGGUGCAGAUAGAAAAAAUUCCUUCCCUCUUGUUAUGGUUGGUGGUGUUCUUGAAGCAAACCAGAGGUGGGACAUAGGAAGAGAAGUCAUGGACUUUAUCUCCAAAGACUAUCCUGGGGCCCAUCCUAUUAGGCCUAAGGUGGAGCCUGCAGUUGGAGCAGCUUUGCUAGCGUUGAAUGAAUUCAUGAAAGAAUGUGUUCAAGAAGCAUACAGAAGAUGAUCAUUCAUAAUUCAGAAUUCAACUGUACAGCAAGAAGAAUAAACUGAAAGGGACACUAGAGACUAUAAGUGAUUAAGGGCAUUAAGCAUAUACGUAUUUUCCUGGUGUAGUAGCAUUAGGCAUUGUACGAGUAUGCUGGCAUACGGUAGAUUUCGUUGUUGAUUUCAGGAAUCUGAUAGCUACUCUGUAUAACAGCUGCUAUUCCAUGUGAGGUGUAAAACUAUAUAAAUAUAAAAUUAUAGAGGAGCAGUGGAUUCAUGCGCUGCAAUGGCUAAAGAUGAAGCCAAUGAUUUGUUUCUAUGGGAAUUUCAAUUGUUUGAAAUGCAAUGGCUAUUUGUGAGUCUCAUAUAAAA